GGUAAAACGUGGCUGUGUUUCAAACUUGCUUCUUCGUGAAGACUUUUCUCGUUUGCGUUCAGCUGAGUCUAGCAGCACCGUUUUCUGUUAUGUCUGCAGUAUGUGAUUCCUUGUUACACACCUGGAGGACGCAGUGACAUAGUGCAGCAUAUCACAAUUGCACUUACAGAGGGGGAAGGUGUCUUAAGCUGGAUUAUGGUGGCUGACAUACGAAGGGCGAAGAAUUACAGUAAAAGGGCUCGGUUCGACGUCUGGUGGGAAAUUAUCCCUAACUCGUCAGGCGACAGUGAUGUAUGUUCCCGACUGAUUUGCUGUUCCUGAUGGCUAUAGGUUCCGACACAAAUAUGAAGUUCUCCCCGGAUAACCACAGACCCAACAAAAACUACGCACAGUAUCGCAACAGAAACAGUCGAAAAAAAAAAUUAGCUAGGGAAAGCAAACUUCUGACUGCGUGGGGUCAGCCACUCCUUGCCUUGUUGCAGAUCCACCGGCCCACUCCUUCGCUCCACGCUUUCCUAAAUAAAUCUCGGCGUUCUCGUUUCACGAAGGAUUAGUACUCACCGCAGGACAUUGGCAGCUACGCUGUGACCGUGCGAUAUCUGACGAAGCGUUACAUCGGGGAAUACAGCUCGAGUAAAGACAUGCUCUACAGGCACAGCAUCACAUUCGACAACGUGGCGACAGACGUUGAAAUUCUAGACUCGAGCUGCUGCAUGGUGACGGGUUGCUUGUAUGACCACAUCACCUGGGCCGACGCCUUCGUCCUCGUGUACAACAUCUGCGAGCGAUCCAGUUUUGAGCACGCCAGGGCCCUCCUGGAGACCCUGGUUGCCCUCCGCGGAGCCCGUUCAGCCCCCAUGAUACUUCUUGGCAACAAGCGAGACCUCGAGCAUUGUCGUCAGGUCGGCGUCGAUGACGGCCACGAGACGUCACUCAACUUCCACUGCCAGUUCUACGAAGUGUCCGCAGCCGAGAACUACGUCGGCGUCUCCCUUGCCUUCCAGAGCCUGAUUCGAGAGACGAGGGCGUUGCAAGCGCUCAGGACUCUGCCUAUUCGACGCAAAGUAGGAGCCGCAAUGACAGUGUCGAAAAUGAUCGGCAUGGUAUUCGGCAAGGCGCACAAGUCCAACAGGAAUGGAAAAAAGAGACCGUCGCUUUCUAUUUAAGUGUCGUUCCAACAUGGUACGGUCCACCGUGCGGACGAUUCACGAUAACGCAUGGUUACGUAAGACGGUGGUUACGCGUUGCUAUAGGACUGGUGCACGCAUUGUGAUGUGGAAGUGGUGCCCCUGGGACUACGUAUGGGGGCAAGCGCAAGUAGCGCUGAAGCGCCAUUAUGGAUCCUCAGUUGGUUACGCUGGCCUAGAGCGAUCGAUGCUGAUAUACCUGGUCUGGACAUGUCUGGAAAGACAGGUGUGCAAGAAAGUAGUUGUGAACUAUGAGCGAUUAUGAUAGCUAUCAGGAGCUACAUUAAUGGUAGUCAAUUGGAGCACGGAGAAGGUUUGAUUUAUUUGAAAUCUGCUGUAUAGCUAUCACGAAGCGCGACCACAACGCAUCUUCUCAAUCUUCUGAGUAGCCGAGUUUCGUGAAGUAACUUUAUCGUGGGUUCGUGCUGAACAGCAAUGUGAUUGAAGAAUGUGCGUGAUGUAAAUAGAAGGAAAGUGUAUCGUACAUUGUGAUCAAGAAGCAGAACCAUGUGCGUUUUCAAUGUUACGCCAUGAAGUGCCAAUGAAACCCCAAUCCCGCAUGGAUGUCAUCGCAACCGUUCCAGAUUCGUGCCUGUGUACCGCAUGUUUAUGUGCUGGGUUUUCUCUACAAGCACGACCUGCCCUUCAGACUGGAUGGCCAGCACUAGUGGCGUGCAUCACUGCCAGGCUCUAUACUGUCAUCAAGUAGGAGAACUACCUAUGCAGGUAGUCCUCUAGUAUUAGACAUCAUGAGAGGGUGUGUAUUGUCAUCAAGUAGGACAACUAUACCUGUGGAGGUAGUCUCCUAGUGCUGGGCGUCUUUACCAGGGCGUGUAUUGCCAUCAAGUGGGAAAACUACCCGUGGAGAGAUAGUCCUCUGCAUCUUCGCUAGCCCAACUGUGGCCAGGAAUGAAUGUCUGUAGUCCAGUCAACAGGCAUCUCUUUCAGAAGCACGUUGGUGGCGCGACGUCUUUCUCGUCACUCAGGCAUAGCGCUGUGGAAGCACGCUAGCCGGAGACAGACUCGUCGAUGAUACAUCAAACGAACAGCAACGCGUCUCGUGUGUAGGACGUUGUUGCAGUGGCAUGGAUGGUACCACCCAGAAUGUGGACAUAAAGAAAAUUUCCGGUGAAGGAAGACUGCAGUAUUUGUGCCAACAAAAUUUGUGCCAAGUGAUGUAAAUUGAACUUUUAUACUUGUUCUAGAAUAUAAGAGCGAUUC